GACAGCACACACACACCUGCUCAGAGACCUAUAAAAGCUGCCUGGUGCUGUGCAUCAGCCUCACUUAAAGAGCAGCACCACCCCCAGUCCCUCACCAUAAAGUUUGUCGCUCUUGCACUGACUCCCUUCUUGGCAGUAGGCUCCCAGGCCAGGGCCCUGCAGAACAAUUCCCCCUCCCAGAUGGAGCACAUCAAGGCUGCUGCCAUGGUGUACGUCACUCAUGUGAAGACCCUGGACCACCUGGAAAGAACCGAAUAUACCGAGUACAAGAUGAAGCUGUCCAUGAGCUUCGACAAGCUGCAUGAGUAUGCCCAGACUGCUUCCCAGACCCUGGCCCCCUAUGGCAAUGCCUUCAGCACCCAGUUCCUUGAUACCACCAAGCAGGUGCAUCAGAUGGUGAUGGCUGAUGUCGAGGACCUCCACACCCAGCUAGAGCCCAAGCGCAAGAAGCUGCAGCAGGUCCUCCAGAAGCACAUUAAGGAGUACCACGAGAAGCUGGAGCCCGUCUUCCAGGAGUAUGUCUUCAAGCGCCGCGAGGAUAUGGACACCUUGAGGGCCAAGCUACAGACCCUGGUUGAUGAGAUGCGCUCCAAGGUUGAGGAGACCAAGUCCAAGCUGAUCCCCAUGGUUGAGGAUGUCCGCACCAAGCUGACCGAGCGAAUGGAGGAGCUACGCCCCUACGCUGAUGAGUACAAGGAGCAGCUUGUGAAGUCCAUCUGUGAGGUGAAGAAGGUCCACAUACACCCCUGACCUCCUGACCUCCAAAGCAAGCUGGAGCCCUACUUAGAGGUCCUGAAGAGCAGGGUCAUGGACUUCUAAGAUACCGUCUUCACGGCCAUAAAGGCAUAAGAACCUGUGACCCUGGUCAAUUAGGACUCCACCUCCCCUUAACUAUGUAACACACUAACUGACAGCCUCCUCGCAACAGCACAUUACAACAAGAACGGCUGAGACUUACACAGAUACACUAACUGGUGAAUGUCUCCACGUAGUGGCCACCUUCACUGUGUGAUUCCAUCCACAUGAACGUGGCCUGUCUCAGUUUCAUGCUUGCUAUUGCUUGGUGAAAGAAACUUGGUGUGCCUGGGGUGUAAUCAUUACUCCAAAUGAAAACUAGCAUUUCUAUUGGACAGAUUCAGGUAGGUCCUUCCCUGUUUGCUGAACCUGUCCAAUAGAAAUGCUAGCUUUGCAACUGUUUGGAGUAAUGAUUACACCUCAUAUAAACUCAUCAAAAGAAGAAACGUCUCUUUUUCAGGACCCCGUCUUUCAAAGAUAAUUCGUAAAAAUCCAAAUAACUUCACAGAUCURC